AUAAAUCUCUCCUUUAACUAGAUCAAGAUUAUUUUUCUCACAAUAUAAAAGAAGAAAAAGCAAAACAAAGCAUAUGCUUGGUCUUCUUCUAUUUGCUUUUAACCCCAAAGAAAGUGGCUUUUUCCCUGUCUUGAUGACCAAUCUAUGACUCAGCCUUUACCACAAAGAUCUCGAGUCUCAACGAUUCAAUGUUUUUGUAUUCAACUGCCUCUUGUUUCUUUGUCUUUCCCUUUAUAUACCUUCUCACCAACACGGUUUCAUCAUCAACCAUCACUCACAAUUAAUCUCUCUACUCUCUCCUUCUCUUUCUCACAAGAUCAAGAAUCAAGAAUCAAAAUCACCGCUAAACCAUCCAAGAUGACAUUGAGCAGAGUUCAUCAACAAGCUAUUGCAUUUCCCGCAGCCAAGACUGCAACGAUGAGUUACUUGCCUGACCCACCUUCCAUCAAUAAGCUCCAAGUCCCAACUUCAUCAAAGUUUUCUUUUCUAACAAGCAAAGGAAAAUCAAUGCUGCGAAAGAAGAAAACCGAUAGCUUCACGAAAGGAGCUAGAGACCAGGACAAGUUAGAACCCAAGCUAAGUGAAACAGUCAAGAGAAAGCUAUCCUUGGGAGCUAAGAUCCUUCAAAUGGGAGGCUUAGAGAAAAUCUACAAGCGACUCUUCAAAGUCUGCGAUGAAGAGAAGCUUUUCAAGGCGUACCAGUGUUACCUAUCCACAACCGCAGGUCCCAUCUCAGGCCUACUCUUUAUCUCAUCAAAGAAAAUUGCAUUCUGCAGCGAGAGAUCCAUCAAGGUGGUUUCUCCUCAUGGAGAUAUCUCUAGGGUUCACUACAAAGUCUCAAUCCCGUUAUCCAAAAUCAAUGGUGUGAACCAGAGUCAGAACACGAAGAAACCAUCUAAGAAGUACCUUGAAGUAGUCACAGUCGAUAACUUCGACUUCUGGUUCAUGGGAUUCGUGAGCUACCGCAAAGCUUUCAACUGCCUUGAGCAAGCGUUAAACGAUGAUGACCAAUAAGAAUUUCUCUGAGGAGCUAAUUAGUGCAGGUUGAAGAAGAAAUAUUUCAUUUCAGAGAAUAUUAGUAAGAAGAGACUGACAAUAUUGUUUGUACAAACUCAUUAUGUUUUCCAUUAUUGACACAAGAAAGAGAUAAAUGAAUAUAUUUAGCUGAUCU